AUGGAUUUAAAUAACAAAAAGAAAAUUAGUAUUUUGCAGUGCUUCUUUAAAGGGAAGACUGUACACUGCAAUCACAGCGGAAGCUGCUUUAAAAACGCUAUUCAAGGACUGCUUAAAUCCUUCGGUUUAGGGUUUAUAAUUAAGUCAGCAGUACAUUUUUUAACUUGUAUGAUUUCAAAAAAGAAGCAGCAAAAUUUAAUUUAAGGAUUCUUUUAGAAAGAUUUCUAUUAUUUAUCACUAUUUUUCUGCUCAUAAACAUGUCUGCUAAAGGCAAUUUAGUGCUUACUCAGAUUUAUCACUCAAAAGGAAAGUGGAUUUAAUUCAUUUUUAAGUGGGUUUUUAGCUUCAUACGCAGCAAUGUAUUUCUACUAAAAUAAAACAAACCUCUACAAUUGGAGAAUGCUCGCAUACAUGAGAGUCAUCGAAGGCAUCUACUACUAGCUAGUAAAUAGAGGUUAUAUACAAAAGAAAUCAUUCCAUUUCUCACUGAUGUACUCAGUUGGAAGCUUUUUAUUAUCAUAUAGCAUGUUUCAUGAAAGCCGUAUAGCUUUACCAGACGUUAUCAAGCUUUAUGGAACUUUUCAAAAUUUAACUCCUGAUGAAAAAAUCUUUCACUAUGUUAUGCUUGAAAAAGCAUAAAAAAAGUUUGAAGCAUAAGGAUUAGAAUGA